AUGAAUAAUAACAAUCAACGUCCUCGAAUAGACUCUUCGACACCGAAAUCAUUCUAUUGCAGUCCUAAAAGUUAUCAUUACAUACCAUUCGCCAAAAGGAGAUCUCAAUCGUUGAACUUUAAAAGACAAACUAACGAUAAGAGUUGUCAAAAUCGGCGAUGGAAUGAAGUUUCCGAGCAGAACCGUUCUUGUUUAUUUACGAAGUAUGACACAAGCAAUAAAGACUCAUCCGCAUCUUCAUCAAGUUGCAAGGCAACAUUCGCGAACACCAAUCAACCUGAUCGAUCAAUAGUUACACAAUCCAAAAGUAGUCGACUGCGGCUGUGGAAUCAACAGCGAUGCAAGAAAGUCAUCCGUAGCUCAUCUGCGUCGAAAAUUCCACCUCAAGCAGCAAGUUGUAUUUAUGGCAAAAAUAUUGAAGAAAUGAAAGAGAAAUUGGAUCAGUUCAAGAAUGAUGUUCUUGAUGAUAUUAUUCAGUGUGGCGUUUACACAGAUAGUGUUAUUCAGGAGUGUAUUUCAAGAAAUAUGAUAGAAAAUUCGACUGUCACAAUGGCAAAUUUGCAGCAAGCAAUCAGUGAAUUACUCAGAGAUAUCGGUGUAUUCAAUAUUGAAGUAAAUAAGAAAACUCAAAUAGCGGAUUCAGAGUCUAGGAGUGAAGAAGGUCCAAAUUACGAGGAUGAAAAGUUUGAGAGUGAUGAAAGCGAAUCUUUAUCCGUGAUUGCAUCUGUGGAAAGUGGUUCACAUAAAUUAGCAAGGCAAGAUAAGUCUCCAGUAUCGAAUUUUGGAUCAGUAUCGAUCGAAACCACUAAUUCAUUAACGACAUUGAGUAAUUCCUCUGUCAUUGAUACAUCUAAUUAA